AUGAAAACGAAAACAGUACCAUUAAAUAUUAUAUUAUUUCUACUUAUACUUUAUAUUCUUCAAGGAGUUGUUAUGGGUUUUACCAAAGCUAUCCCUCUAUAUUUGGAUUCAUGCGGUGCUAAAUGGCAAGAACAAGGAACAUUUAGUUUUGUUUUUUAUCCAUUUAAUUUAAAACUAGCAUGGGCACCAAUAAUUGAUGCUGUAUAUAUUUCACGUCUUGGUCGAAGAAAAACUUGGCUUAUACCAAUACAAUUUUUAUUAGGAAUAAUACUUUUUAUAUUUUCAUUUUAUUUAACAACAUUAAUUAAACAAUUAAAAAUAAAAACUUUAACAUGUAUUUUUUUCCUUGUGUAUUUUCUUCUUGCUAGUCAAGAUGUGUGUGUUGAUGGUUGGGCAUUAACACUUUUAACAAAUUAUAAUCUUCAAUGGGUAGCAACAUGUCAAACAGUUGGACAAACAAUUGGAGGUUUGGUUGGUUUUAAUAUUUUAAGUACAUUUGAAUCAGCAAAUUUUACUAACCGAUUUAUUCGAAAACCAGUUUUACUAUCAGAAAAACCAUAUGGAUUAUUUACAAUAAAUCAAUUUAUACGAUUUUGGGCUGUUGCUUUUCUAUCGGUUUGUUUUUGCAUAGCUUUAUUUAAAAAAGAAAGACAAGAAAAUAAUCAUUUAAACUUACGUCAAACUUAUUCAUCAAUAUUUAAAUUAUUUCAAAAAAAAUGUGUUCGCCAAUUAGCAUUAUUAGUGCUUUUAGAUAGCAUUGGAUAUGGCGUUCCACAAGAAACACUUGGUCUACUUAUUAUUCCUUUAAUUUUUGUUAAAAUUUUUAUACCAUUUUGUAUAACACAAACAAACCGUCCAUUAACCUGGUAUUAUCGUUCAUAUUUACCUGUUCUUUUUAUGUGUAUUCUAAUUGCAAUAUAUAUUUAUUUUACACCAUAUAUAUUAUCUCAAUGGUAUUUUUAUCUAAUACUUAUUUGUCUUUUAAUAUUAAAAGAAUCUUUAAUUUCUUUAAUGGCUGCUUCUCGUUUUGGAUUUUAUGCACGUAUAAGUGAUUCAUGUAUUGGUGGAACAUAUAUUACAUUACUAAGUACGCUUGGAAAACUUGGUGGUGGUUUAAAAUCAUCAGCAGUUUUAUAUACAGCUGGAUGGAUUAAACCAGAUAAAUUAGCGUAUCCACUACUUGUAGGAAUUUGUGUUUUACUUGGUUGUAUUUGGCUUAUUGUGCAAUAUCGAACAAUGCUUCGAUUACAGGCAUUACCAAUAGAAGAAUGGCAUCUUCAAUCAAAGACAAUAGCGUCUGAUAACAUAAAUGAAGAACCUCCAGAAACAUCACUAUAA